AUGUCGGCCGUAGCCAAGUUGGAAGGGGACGAGGACAAGCACAUCAUCAAGCCCGAGGCCACGGCUCCCUCCGUCAACACGAGCGACUGGCCUCUGCUGCUCAAGAACUGGGAUCAAUGUGAGUAUCUCAGGCUGUGGUGAAGCUCGCGAUGCUGCAGCAGCUCACACCAGCUCCCUCGAUUCGGCGAGCACCAUGCUGAUUCAAAAUCGCAGUGCUUGUCCGCACCGGUCAUUUCACCCCGAUCCCCGCCGGCUGCACACCACUCCGCCGCGACCUGAAGUCGUACGUCUCGUCUGGUGUCAUCAACCUCGACAAGCCCUCCAACCCGUCCUCGCACGAAGUCGUCGCAUGGCUGAAGCGGAUAUUGCGCGUGGAGCGCACUGGUCACUCCGGCACUCUCGAUCCCAAGGUCACUGGAUGCUUGAUUGUCUGCGUCGAUCGCGCGACCAGACUCGUCAAGAGCCAGCAAGGUGCAGGAAAGGAGUAUGUCUGCGUUCUGAGAAUGCACGGCAAGCUUCCCGGUGGUGAAGCCCAGCUUGCCCGCGCACUAGAGACCCUCACGGGAGCCCUCUUCCAGCGACCACCGCUCAUCUCCGCCGUGAAGCGCCAGCUCCGUAUCCGCACAAUCCACGAGAGCAAGCUGCUGGAGUUUGACAAUGAGAGACAGCUCGCAGUCUUCUGGGUAUCAUGCGAGGCUGGUACCUACAUCCGUACGCUGUGCGUGCAUCUUGGCCUUCUCCUUGGUGUUGGUGGACACAUGCAAGAGCUGCGCCGAGUUCGUUCCGGAGCAAUGGACGAGCAGGAAGGCAUGGUCACGCUACAUGACUGCUUGGACGCACAAUGGCUCUACGACAAUCAGCGCGGCGAGACCUAUCUUCGUCAAGUGAUCAAGCCGCUUGAGACCCUUCUCACGUCCUACAAGCGCAUCGUCGUCAAGGACAGCGCUGUCAAUGCCGUCUGCUACGGUGCCAAGCUCAUGAUUCCAGGUCUGCUCCGCUACGAGGCUGGCAUCGACGUCCACGAGGAGGUCGUCUUGAUCACUACCAAGGGUGAGGCCAUCGCCAUCGCCAUUGCACAGAUGAGCACCGUCGAGAUGUCGUCAUGCGAUCACGGCAUUGUCGCAAAGGUCAAGCGUUGCAUCAUGGAGCGCGACCUGUACCCGCGUAGAUGGGGCAUGGGACCAGUCGCCACCGAGAAGAAGAAGAUGAAGGAGAGUGGCAAGCUCGACAAGUAUGGCCGACCGAACGAGGCUACUCCCACGCAGUGGAAGCAAGAAUACAAGGACUUCAAUGACACUAAUGGUGCCACCGGCGAGGACAACCUGCGCAAGCAGCCGAAGACGGAGCAGCAAGCCAUCGAAGGCGCAGCAGUCAAGGAGGGUAUUCCCAACAAGGGCAAAGAGCUGCCGAGCAAGGAAGACAUCGAGAUGGCCGAGCCCGUCAAUCCAGCGACAGCCGAACCGGUGGAAAAUGGCGACAAGAAGGAGAAGAAGAAGCGCAAGCACGAGGGCGAGACUGCAGAGGAGCGUGCAGAGCGCAAGGCGAAGAAGAAGGCGAAGAAGGAUGCCAAGAAGAAGCGCGAGUCGGCAGUCACUGAAGCUAGUGACGACAGUGACUAG